AUGGCAAACCCCGUCGUGUUUUUCGAUGUCGAGGCCGGCGGCUCGCCGCUGGGCCGCAUAGAGAUGGAGCUCUAUGCUGACGUGGUGCCCAAGACGGCGGAGAACUUCCGCUGCCUGUGCACAGGCGAGAAGGGCGUCGGCAGGCUGGGCAAGCCGCUGCACUACAAAGGCAGCACCUUCCACCGCGUCAUCACGGACUUCAUGUGCCAGGGCGGCGACUUCACGUCGGGGGACGGAAGGGGUGGCGAGUCGAUCUACGGUGAGAAGUUCGCGGACGAGAACUUCCGAUACACCCACGACGCCCCGGGGCUCCUUUCAAUGGCCAACGCUGGACCCAACACCAACGGGUCACAGUUCUUUUUGACCACUGUCAAGACUCCAUGGCUGGAUGGCAAGCACUGCGUCUUUGGGAAGGUCGUCAACGGCUUUGACGUCGUGAAGAAAGUUGAGAGUUAUGGCAGCUCAAGCGGAGCAACCAAGAGGAAGAUCGUCAUUGCCGACUGUGGCCAACUCCGCUGA